CCAGAUUCAGUCAUUUCAUUGCAUUUAAAUCUCAUAUUUUUACAGAAAAAUGCCGAACAACGACGGAACCUCAAGCAUCACAUCAUCCAAAUGUGCAAGGAUGACGAUAUCUGCUCAGCGUGCACCGAACCAUGUCGAGAGAGCUUCGCUAACGUCAAAUCUUGCAAAGAAAUCGCAUGUAAAGUGAAAAAAGAGGCCUGCAAAAAGUCGUGUGACUAUUUGCAACGUAUUUAUACUGAGAAACCAGGCGCUUGUCCAAAAAUCGCCAAUCAAUCGAACUAUGAAUGCACAGCACUGUGCCAUCUUGAUGGUGACUGUCCUGAAACGGGAAAAUGCUGCUCCUAUGGAUGCAGCCGACAGUGCGCACUACCUAAAGGACGAGACCCGAGACUGUUACCCAUACCAAGUUCGAUAUCCGUACAGGAACGGAAAAGAAAGCGAUCAAUAAUCAUUCGAUGGGUAAUGCAAAAGUUGACCCGUGAACAAAACGCUGCCAACUCCAAUCUCUAUGUAGUUCAAUGGCGUUGGGGUCUACAGCCGGAAGGCGAGAGCAUGACUGAAUGGCAGACAGUCACUGUGCGAAAUAAGCCGUAUGCAAUUCUGAAACAUCUACUCUCACCUGGCCGAUAUUAUCAGUUCCGAGUCGGCGCCGUAAGCAUUCAUGGGAGCCUUGGCUUUAGUCAGGAAUCGCAACCAUUCAAGCUCUCUAAAGAGGCCCGAGCCCCAUCACCACCUCGCGACAUAUCACUUGGAGCUUCCAAACUCACUUCAAUUGGACUUUGGAAUCAAAUCGUUCAAUGGACACCACCAGCCAGUGACCUACCUAUUAAGAAUUACCAGCUGUCAUGGGCUGUGUCCUCCGCGUCGGAAGCCAACGCGUUCGAGGAGAUGAUGCGACGCCGAGCCACUCUUACCACGCACGAUAAGCGAAGUCUCGAUGAAGAAGAAGAAGCCUGGGGUAUAGAUGGACGAGACCGUCACUCAGUGAUCAUUCCCAGUCACACUACCCAAUCUGAGCUUUCUGGACUGUUCCCGAAUUCCGUCUAUAUCGUUGAGAUACACGCCUCUGUUGACUCAAGCGAAGGUGAACUUCAUGGUGAAAAGGGCAUUAUCUUUGUACGAACGCUGAACGCCAGCAAUUCGGACAUAGUGAAAGAACCUCCAAUUGGUCAGUCCAAAAAGGAAAAUAAAUCUCAUACCACCGUCAGCUGGAUCAAUUCGGCAUUCUGUUCACCUGAGAAGAAAACGUUUUUGGUAAAGGCGAAACGUGGCAGCUGCAGGGAAUAUCAGCUUAAUCAGCAUUCGGACAGAACGAUUCAUGAAGUACGUGUUACUGAGUGCACGGCGGUCAUUCGUGGUCUCACCUUCGACUGCGACUAUUCAGUUGAGAUUUUGGAAAGAAUUCUGACAAGCACCUUUUCAACGCAACCAUGCAGCUCAACGCCAUCGAAUGGCGUGAUUCCUUGCCUCUCUCUGGCCACCCCCGUGUUCUGUAUAGUCCACAAUAGCGUAUCUUGUCAAUGGGUUCGUGAUCGCGGACCAAAUGCUGAUACCGUAAUCGGAUACAGAGUUGCAUUAUCGUCACCAAUGAGGGACGAUACAAACAUUACUAUUCUACCGCCACAGAUUCGAGAGAUUCACUACGAGAAUCUCGUCGCGUCUACGAUGUAUACGGUAGAAGUGCAACCGAUCACAAAUCGAGGCCUUGGCAAAGCACUGACGACAAACUUCCUCACCCAUGCUCGGUUACUCGACGAGAACGUCAUUGAACGAUUCCCUGGUGGAGAGAUUAUCGAGCUGCCGCUGGAAUCUUCUGCUUCCUCCAUGCUUGUCCUACCCACCCUCCUAACCAUUCUCUACAUAAUUUUAUAA